AGUGAAGACAUGUCUUCACAGGGCUGAGUCUAAACCUUGCUUACAUGACCUUGCAGAAAUAGCGAGGAGCUCAGAGCUCACUCUGGGAGCAGGCCACACCCUGGUAGGUGUGGUCGCUGGACACAGAAGAGGUCUGUGCACACAGAUGUGUCCUUCACCUGCUCAGGGGACUACUUGGAUACAUAUUUAGUUGAGGAAACAGCAAGAGAUUGACUCCAGAGAUGCUAUUAUUUUGCAUCAGUUUGCAAGACCUAACAAUGGUGUCCCCAGUUUAUCUCCUUUCUGUUUGAAAAUGGAAACUUAUUUGAGGAUGGCUGACUUACCCUAUCAGAACUAUUUUGGUGGAAAACUCUCUGCUCAAGGGAAAAUGCCUUGGAUUGAAUAUAAUCAUGAAAAAGUUUCUGGCACAGAAUUCAUAAUUGACUUUCUGGAGGAGAAACUUGGAGUGAAUUUAAACAAGCACCUCGGGCCUCAUGAAAGAGCCGUGUCCAGGGCGGUGACCAAGAUGGUGGAGGAGCACUUCUACUGGACGUUAGCUUAUUGCCAGUGGGUGGACAAUCUCAAUGAGACCCGGAAGAUGCUCUCUCUUAGUGGUGGUGGUCCCUUCAGCAACCUGCUGAGGUGGGUCGUGUGCCACAUAACAAAAGGAAUUGUGAAACGCGAGAUGCACGGCCACGGCAUUGGCCGCUUCUCAGAGGAAGAGAUUUACAUGCUGAUGGAGAAGGACAUGCGGUCUUUAGCAGGGCUUUUGGGUGAUAAGAAGUACAUCAUGGGGCCCAAGCUUUCCACUCUCGAUGCAACUGUCUUUGGACACUUGGCACAGGCAAUGUGGACCUUACCUGGGACGAGACCUGAGCGGCUGAUCAAAGGUGAGCUCAUCAACCUCGCCAUGUACUGUGAGCGGAUCCGGAGGAAAUUCUGGCCCGAGUGGCACCAUGACGACGACAACACCAUCUACGAGUCGGAGGAGAGCAGCGAAGGCAGCAAAACGCACACGCCCCUGCUGGACUUCAGCCUUUACUCAAGGACAGAGACCUUUGAAGAUGAGGGAGCAGAGAACAGUUUUUCCAGAACCCCAGACACGGAUUUCACUGGACACUCGCUCUUUGAUUCUGACGUGGAGAUGGAUGACUACACGGACCACGAACAGUGCAAGUGACACCGCCUGGCUGGCCCUCUCCUGCCGGGGCGGGGGCGCCUGGCCCGGCGGCUCCCUGGGUGGAGAUCCCCCCGAUCCGGAGGGGCUCUGUGCCUGGCACCCUUCUCGCAAGCAAGCUGGACUAGAGCAGCCUUAUUUCUUUUUGUACAGACAAGACACAGAACCAUUCGGAUGGCUCCAUUUCAAACAAACAGGCAAAAUGCAAACACAAAAAAAUGUCAGCAUGGUUCCUGAAACCCAUCUUUGUUUUCAUUAGAAAACUUAUAUCCUGAGGUAGACCAGGUGCAAGAAUAGGUUUUCCUCAGAUUGUGUGUUGACCCUCUUCAACAUGAGGGCUUCAUUGAGAGACGAAUUCCUGGGCAUCCUCCAUCCACCAGGGUUUGCAGUAAUGAGAGAUGUCGUCAGAAGAAAUGUAGGAGACGGAUGUUCUGUGGCUGCUUGUAUUUUAUGUGUGUAUAUUGUAUGUUGAGAUAUAAGUCAAAUAAAAUCCAUAGAUAUUCAGCAAACACCUACUAUGUGCAAAGCACUGUGCUAAGUGCUAAUCAGUGUAAGUUUUAUUCUAAACACUCUGCCAGUGACUAGCUGUGUGAUUUUAGGCAGGUCUCUUAAUUCCUGUGUGCCUCAUCCCCCCACCUGUAAAGUGGGGAUAACAAAACUCUCCACCUACCUACCUCACAGGGGUGUUGUGAGGAUUCAUAGGGUCCCAUUUGGCGCUUUAAACCUCUUGGAAGAGGUGUGGCAUAAACACAAUAUCUUAUUCUGUAUUGUGCUUCAUACAUUUGGAGAUUUGAGGGCAGAGGAAUUCCACACCCAGGCAACAGCCGCCACUAUCCCGAGAAAAAGCCGAGCAGAUGAAACACACUGAGGCGCAGUCAGGACCCCGUCAUCAUUCCUCUUUGUGAUCUUGCUUGAAUUGAAAUCUUGUGUUGAAAGAACCUUGGAAAUAUUUUUAUACAUCAUCAACAGCUACAAAUGGUCUUUAAUUAUGUAUAUUUGCAGAAACAUCUUUCUUCCAUUGCCUGAACACACCCUGGGAUGUUGUCCUUUGCUGAUUCCUGAGUUUAACUUACCUGUGUUUGAUUUAUUUGGCGGCAAUAAAGCUCCAGAAUAUGAUGAGCUUCAUAGAGGUGAGGGAGAAAGUAUUUGAUUGAAUUCUGUAACCAGAAGCUUGCCAACUUGUGAUGUCUUUUUGAAAACAAACCUGGCAGGAGGCAUGGAAAAGGGGAAGGAGGAAGAGGACCGUGUACUAGUAUCAAAGCACUUUGUGCAGUGUAGACUCCACGCAGCUUUAUUAAUGCAGCUUCUCCGGUGUUCUCAGCCAUUGCCCAGUGAGAGGACAGCGAUGCUGAGGAGACAUUUUAAUGUUUCUUAAGGAUCUCCCAUUCCCUUCCCAGACUCCCACCGUCCCUUUAGAGACCAUGAACUCUCUAUUUACUGUAUUUACCAAGGCACCCAUCUCUGAAGACACAGUUUUUGUUGACUUAAAACAUUUUCCAGUGGAAUUUGGGGUGAAGAUCCUGGGGUGGAUUUGGGCUAAUAGAGUCAGUGUUAAGAUUUACAGCUGCAAACAAAACCACUUUGCUUCUGAUUUCAACUGGCUGGCUGGGUAAGGAUAAUUCAUUAUGGGGUGAAAGGCAUUUCUUGAAAGACAGCAGUUUCUUCUGAGAAGUUCAUGUACUUUACUUCAAAAAGACUCUUUGAGUAUAGCUUUGCAAAACAAUCCUAAAAUGCUGAGGAUUCACCGAGAGUUAAAGAGGGAGAGUUUUUGAGGUUGCUUACCAUUUAAGCAACUGUGUGGGGAAUAUAAAGCAGGAAGAAAUGUUGAAAUAUCCUAAAUCAGAAAUUCUUAUUCUACAGAUAACUUCAUUGUUAGUGUCUUAUUAAAAUGAUUCAUUUUUGAGAGGACUAUUCAAUUCCUAAUGAGAAUAUGUUGGCAAAGAUAUGAGUGGAUAAGCCUAUUUUUUUGUGUCCAGUAUUAUUUGAGAGGACUGUUUGCCUCUUUUUUCUCUAGUAAGUGUGUCUCAAGGCGAGCUGGACGUAGUUCUGUGUCACAAGGGAAGCUCCUGGCCUGAGAAUGUGAUGGUAGCGAACAGGCGGACUGUGGACCUGUCUCCACAAAGACUCAGUUGCCCUUUCUCCACCCACAGCUGGAAAGACUUGUGUUUGAAAUUUUGUCUACAGUUUAUGCUUCCUGUAUAGCACUGUUUGAUGUAUCAUCACUCCAAGAAUGAUUAAGUUAUGAGUCUGUAGAUUUACAUAUGUUUUUUAUUGUGUUGUUCUUGGGGCAAGUACAUGGAGAGCCAACGUUCAGAGUGAAGUUGUGACAAGUUGAGUCUAUCCAGGUAACUCCCACGGGAGCUUGAAUGGACAUUGCCACCAGGAGUCUUGGGUACUGACCUGAUAGCUCAUGACUGGGUCAUUGACAUUUUGUAGGUGUAAAAAUGAUUUGGAAUCCUAGAAUAUAUUCAGAUUUUAUUUCUCAAUAUAUGUUAUGGAAACAAAGUGACCAAGACAACAUCACUGUUGGGAAAUGACUAAUGCAGUCUUUAUUGGGAGGGCUUUAAUUUUACAUGGUUCAUUUUUAA